AUGUUAGAAAACAACACGGGUGAGUUGAAAGAACUGAACGAGGACUCCAGCAUGACCAGCGGAGGAAGAGAUACUGCGCCCCGUCCACAAGCCCAUGCGGCCUCCGUGCAGCCGCCCUCCUGUCCACACCCCGGCCCUCCUGUCCACGCCCCUGCCCUCCUCUCCACGGGCCCGGCCCUCCUGUCUACCGCCCCAGCCCUCCUGUCCACCGCCCCGGCUCUCCUGUCCACGGCCCCGGCCCUCCUGUCCACCGCCCCGGCCCUCCUGUCCACGCCCCUGCCCUCCUGUCCACCGCCCCGGCCCUCCUGUCCACGCCCCUGCCCUCCUGUCCACCGCCCCGGCCCUCCUGUCCACGGCCCGGCCCUCCUGUCCACCGCCCCGGCCCUCCUGUCCACGGCCCGGCCCUCCUGUCCACCGCCCCGGCCCUCCUGUCCACGGCCCCGGCCCUCCUCUCCACGCCCCGGCCCUCCUCUCCACGGCCCGGCCCUCCUGUCCACGGCCCCUGCCCUCCUGUCCACCGCCCCGGCCCUCCUCUCCACGGCCCCGGCCCUCCUCUCCACGCCCCGGCCCUCCUCUCCACGGCCCGGCCCUCCUGUCCAUGGCCCCGGCCCUUCUGUCCACCGCCCCGGCCCUCCUCUCCACGGGCCCUGCCCUCCUGUCCACCGCCCCGGCCCUCCUGUCCAUGGCCCCGGCCCUUCUGUCCACCGCCCCGGCCCUCCUCUCCACGCCCCGGCCCUCCUCUCCACGCCCCGGCCCUCCUGUCCACGGCCCCAGCCCUCCUGUCCACCGCCCCGGUCCUCCUGUCCAUGGCCCCGGCCCUCCUCUCCACGCCCCGGCCCUCCUGUCCACCGCCCCGGCCCUCCUGUCCACGCCCCGGCCCUCCUGUCCACGACCCCAGCCCUCCUGUCCACGCCCCGGCCCUCCUGUCCACGCCCCGGCCCUCCUGUCCACGCCCCGGCCCUCCUGUCCACGGCCCCUGCCCUCCUGUCCACGGCCCCGGCCCUCCUGUCCACGGCCCCGGCCCUCCUGUCCACGGCCCCGGCCCUCCUGUCCACCGCCCUGGCCUUUCUGUCCACGGGCCCGGCCCUCCUCUCCACGCCCCGGCCCUCCUCUCCACGCCCCGGCCCUCCUGUCCACGGCCCCGGCCCUCCUGUCCACCGCCCCGGCCCUCCUGUCCACCGCCCCGGCCCUCCUGUCCACCGCCCUGGCCCUUCUGUCCACGGGCCCGGCCCUCCUCUCCACGCCCCGGCCCUCCUGUCCACCGCCCCGGCCCUCCUGUCCACGGCCCCGGCCCUCCUGUCCACGGCCCGGCCCUCCUGUCCACCGCCCCGGCCCUCCUGUCCACCGCCCCGGCCCUCCUCUCCACGCCCCGGCCCUCCUGUCCACCGCCCCGGCCCUCCUGUCCACCACCCCGGCCCUCCUGUCCACGGCCCCGGCCCUCCUGUCCAUGGCCCCGGCCCUCCUGUCCACGGCCCCGGCCCUCCUGUCCACGGCCCGGCGCACUAA